AAAUACUGAAUAAGGAAGUGUUGGGUUACAGGCUGCCACCAGAAUCUUAGCUCGUCAACUUGUUAGGUUACGUCAACAGAUAACCAAUUUGCAGGGAAGUCGUGCACAGAUCAGGGGUGUAGCAACUCACACACAGGCAUUAUAUGCAAGCACUUCAAUCUCCACAGGAAUGAAGGGUGCAACUAAAGCAAUGGUGGCAAUGAAUAAGCAAAUGGCACCGGCAAAACAAGUGAAAGUGAUCAGAGAAUUCCAAAAGCAAUCAGCCCAAUUGGACAUGACGAUUGAGAUGAUGUCAGAAUCUAUUGAUGAAACUUUAGACAAAGAUGAAGCCGAAGAAGAAACCGAAGAGCUCACCAACCAGGUUCUUGAUGAGAUUGGAGUGGAUAUUGCAUCCCAGUUAUCUUCUGCUCCGAAAGGACGAAUUGCUUCAAGGAAUACUGAAAAUGUUGCUCCAAGAUCAGAAGAAUCCCAAGAUGUUGAAGAACUUGAAAAGAGAUUGGCAUCUCUUCGAAGAAUAUAAAUAUCUGGCUGCUACGCUCGCUCAUGUGUUUCUUAAUGUACAAAUCGUUAUAUAUAAUAUAGCAAUGCAGAGAUUGUAUUAUUGGCACCUCAUAGUUACAAAAUUUAUGCUGUUGUGUUUGGAUGUGAAGAACUAGUAAAAGUAGACUGGGAUAUUUGAGACUGCUGCAAACCUUUAUUAAAAUUUGGGAAUUUGUAAAUCUGUAUGUGGGUAUUUUUUAA